GUGACCCCGCCGCCGCACAGUCAUAGCCUCGCGCGUCCCUGUUCCUGCUCCAGCAGCCGGCCGGGAGAAGUUUCCUGCUCUUUGGGACAGCGCGACAGGAAACGAGACUCCACCACCCAUCAUGCUGGCUCUGGCGCUGACUCUGCUGCUCACCGCCGGCUCGGCGGUCCUCGCCGAACCCCUCCAUUAUGUGGAUUGCGGUUCCGAGGCUGGAAUUAUUUUGGAAGUCAAUGUGAGUCCCUGUCCAAAACAACCUUGUAUUCUCCACAAAGGAGACACCUACACCGUCAAUGUCACAUUCACUAGUAAGAUUGACAGCCCGGGCUGCCAGGCAAAAGUGUUUGGAGAAAUGUUUGGAGUGGAUGUUCCCUUCCCACUCGAUCAGCCAGAUGGGUGCAAGUCUGGGAUCAAUUGCCCUAUUCAGGCAGGCCAUACUUACAGCUACCUGACCAAGCUACCAGUAAAGUCAGAGUACCCUAAUAUUAAACUUGUUGUCAUGUGGAAGUUGGAGAGUAACAAUGUACAAUUCUUCUGUUGGAAGAUUGCUGCUCAGAUCUCUGGCUAAGAAAACCCUGCUUCACCCUUGACGGCUUCUGGGGGAGGGAAAAAUGGGUCUAGAGAGGAAUCAAAUGCUUUGCUUCAUUUCCUGUUGCACUUCUGCAGCAAUUGCUCUCCUUCUUCAGCGUUGAAGUCUAGAUGCAAGAGGGGGCACUAGUCAGAACUAAGGUUCCCAAGAGAGACUGGGGUUUGGGAGAAGUCUUACUGUAACUCAGGGAGAAGAUCUUGUAACCAUUGCUAGAAGCAGGAUUCUGAUUGCUUGAAAUGGAAUGUGUAUUGUGAAGAAAUUGUGAGAAACUGGGCCAAUAACCAUCAGGACAAUUGCUGCUUGUCAACACUUCAGUGCCUCUCAUGGUCAGAAGCUGGCUUCAGGCUUCAGUGUGUUUCUUCCCUCCCACCUCCUUGCUCUUCCAAGGCCUCAGCUUUCCUUGGAUCUACGUAAGCUACCUGGAGCCAAAAGAAGAUUGAGCAGCCACCUGCUGUAGCUACUUGCUGCAGAUAGGAAGAUCUGUUCCUUUCAGUAAAUACCAAACCAAAUGGUAUUUGGUCUUUACCCAGACAUCAUGUGUAUUAACAAUUUUGCACUGUCUUAUAACUCACCUGGGGUUGCUGGGGGAGGUGCUCUCCAAAUCCAGCUUUUUAUAACUUUCUUCUAAUAAACUCUUUAUGAUGAAACA